AUGGAGAGUAAGCUGAGACCCAGGCUCUGUUAUCUGGUGAAAGAGGAGCGUGAUUAUGGGUUUCACCUGCAGGGUGGGCGGAAAAUAGGAGGAGAGUUCAUCCGCAAAGUGGUCCCCGGCUCCUCAGCUGACCUGGGUGGGCUACGACCAGGAGACCGGGUGGUGGAGGUGAACGGGGUGAAUGUGGAGAAGGACAGUCAUCAUGAAGUGGUGAAACGUGUCCGUGCGAUACCCAACCGCGUCAGGCUGCUGGUGGUGGACAGUGACACAGAUGAAUACCUCCGCAGCAGGGGCCUGGUGUGCACUGAGGACAUGGCCAUUGAGAUGGGAACCCUCCUCUCACGCCCCUCAUCCAGGCCAAUGCCUGCCACGUCUUCCUUGGUCAGAAAGAUUUCACCCCUGUCCGUCAAACCCGACCACUUACACUCAUUUCACUCUACUGCUGAAGAUUUGUCCAUUGACAUGAUUAUACAAGACAAGGUCAAGAGAUCAUCACUGACAUCAUGUUCAGCAACUGACAUAGAGCUGCAGGUGGAGCCCUCACCAGAGCCAACAGAUGAGCUCUGUCCCAGACUGUGUCAUCUGGUGAAGGAGGACAAUGGCUAUGGCUUCAGCCUACACAGCAAUAAGACAAAGGGUGGACAGUUUGUUCAUUCUGUGGACCCUGGUUCAGCUGCUGAGAGCGCAGAUAUCCGGCCUGGAGACAGAAUACUGGAGGUGAAUGGAGUGAACAUAGAGGGCCUGACACACUCAGAGGUGGUGGCCCUUAUUAAAUCAGGACGGGAGGAAGUACGUCUCCUAGUAGUCGACCAGGAGAUGGACGAGCUCUUCCACAGACUAAAGAGCACAUCCAUCACCAACCAUGCCAAAGAGGCCUACAUGGAUGAAUCAGCCACAGAAAGCAUCAAAUCCACGCUUUGCUCCACCCCUGAACUCCCCACCACAAAUCCACAAAUCAUAAAUGUCACAGUGACAGACGCCCCAAUCACAUACAUGUCUCAAAAGUCCCGGGCGAAUGGGAGCUCAGCAUCCCAUUCCUCCAGAAGCUCUACCACUCAGUCAGAUAUCAGCAACUCAGACAUAAGCAUCCAGGUCUUUGAUGAGGAUGACAGACGAGUUUCAGACCCUUUUGUGGACAGUGGACUGGUUCUGAGUUCUACAGCUGCUGAGGCUAAACAAAAGGUCCGUGCUAGCCGCAACAAGAAGAGAGCUCCCCUCAUGGAGUGGAGCAAGAAACGUGAGCUCUUCAGCAGCUUCUGACUGCAGAAUGCAAGGGUGGAAGAAGAGCAUGAAAACAGGAUAGAACAAGGAAUAAUACUGUGAUUCUUUACUGUUUGUAUUAUAAUCUUAAACACCCCCAUCCUGCAGAGACAUAAAAAAUGAAUAAUGCAAAAAAGGGGGGGGGAGCAGGUAGAAUAAACAGAAUAAAAAAGGAAAAGGAUGAGAAAAUCCCUCAAGAUUAAGGUAUGUUUGUGCCACUAAUUGUCUGCUGGUUUAUUCUGUUACUUUU